GACAGAGGUUCAGUCUGGACAGGAGGGGACAGGGGUUUGGGUUGGAUAGGAGGAAACAAGGGUUUAGUCUGGACAGGAGGAGACAGUGGUUUGGGUUGGACAGGAGGAGACAGAGGACUGGGUUGGACAGACUGAGUGGAGUUUAUUCAGAGAUCAGGCCGUGAUGAAGCUGCAGCUCAACCUCCUGCUCCUGCUGUGCAGCUCUUUCUGUCUCCAACUUCUACAUCACACUCAUGCUCAGACUGCAGCUGUUUGGGAAGCCAGUCCUUCAUACUGGAAUCAACAGGCGAAGAAAAUGCUGGAUGAUGCGCGGAAACUACAGCCGUGGACUCACAGAGCUAAAAACAUAAUCCUCUUCCUCGGUGAUGGAAUGGGUGUGUCCACUGUCUCGGCUGCUCGAAUCCUGAGAGGACAGAUGGAUGGAGAAUCAGGAGAGGAGACUGCCCUGACCAUGGAUACAUUUCCUUACCUUGCACUGUCAAAGACAUACAGCGUGGAUAAACAGGUUGCAGACAGUGCGAGCACUGCUACAGCAUACCACUGUGGUGUUAAAGCAAACUCUAAAACUGUGGGUUUAAGUGCGAGUGCCAUCCCCUACGAGUGCAACACAACCUUCGGAAACGAAGUAUACUCUGUCCUACACCGUGCUAAAUUACAAGGUAAAUCAGUAGGCAUUGUGACCACCACUCGAGUACAGCAUGCGUCUCCUGCAGCAGCAUAUGCCCAUUCAGUGAGCCGCAGCUGGUACAGUGAUUCUGAUUUACCACCCGAAGCCCAACAAGAUGGCUGUGUGGACAUUUCCACGCAACUCAUUACCAACACCGACAUUGAUGUUAUUCUGGGAGGUGGACGGAUGUACAUGACACCCAAAGGUACUCCAGAUCCAGAAUAUCCAUCGUCAUCAUCACGGAAAGGUGACCGCGAGGACAAAAGGAACUUGAUCGAGGCAUGGCUGGAUGAGCGAAAGGACAGAAAUGCUCAGUAUGUGUGGAAUAAAGAGCAGUUUAACUCAGUGAAUGUGAACACUACAGACUGUCUGAUGGGGCUUUUUGAACCAAAGGACAUGAGGUUUGAGGUGUUCAGGAACAAAACACGUGAUCCCUCCAUUGUGGACAUGACUGAAAAAGCUAUUCAGAUUCUUAAGAAGAACCCAAAUGGAUUUUUUCUCUUUGUGGAAGAUGAUGGCAGGAUUGAUCAUGGCCACCAUGCUGGGAUUGCUAACCUGGCACUGACGGAGACAGUGAUGUUUGACCGAGCGAUUCGUCGGGCAUCUCAGCUCACCAAAGAUUCUGAAACUCUCACCAUCGUCACUGCAGAUCACUCACAUGUCUUCACAUUUGGGGGAAAUACACCCCGGGGAAACCCUAUUUUUGGCCUGGCACCAAAGAAUGCAGACGACCGACUUCCUUUUACUAGUAUCCUGUAUGCUAACGGACCUGGAUAUGUACAUGUAAAUGGGACAAGAGCAAAUGUGUCUGCGGUUGACUACCUCGAUGCGGAAUACAUGCAGCAGGCUGCUGUGCCAUUAGAUGCGGAGACUCAUGGAGGAGAAGACGUGGCAAUUUACGCUAAAGGUCCGAUGGCACAUCUUUUCCAUGGCGUUAAAGAGCAACAUUACAUCGCUCACGUGAUGGCAUAUGCCGCCUGCCUCCAUCCCUACACUGACUGCCCCCACGACUUUAACUCCGCCCCCUGUCUCUCUCUCUCUUUAUUGCUCAGUUUAUCAUGUGUACUGACUUGGUUUAGCUUAAGAUGAUGGUGUUAAACUAUCCUUGUACUCCAACAUGGUCUUCAAUUUACCCUCAUCCACUUUCCACUUGACCCCAAAACCCCAAGUUAUUUUAAGGUUCAAACUUGAUCAUGUGAUAUUCCUUCAGAGCAACAUGAAGUAUGCCAUAAAAUAUGGGUUUUACCAACAUCACCUGCCUAAAUAAAACACUGUUCAGAUCUUUGCCUGCUAAGUAGUUAGCUUACCUAACAUUAAUGUUUUCUCUUUGAUGUUAAGGAAACUAUUAUAUGCUGAAAUUUUGCCGAGAAGCUAGCAUGCAUGUUAGCUUAAGAGAAAUCAGACCUUAACUUUUGAGGGGAAGUUGAUGAGUGUUUGUUGAAGACUUUGCUUGAAACUCAGGAAAGGUUUUAUAAAAGAUUCUUUUAUUAUACAAAUAAAUGCCUUCCAUAGAUGUUAAUGUGUUAAUAGGUCUUUUUUCAUAUGUUUACUUGGGUUUUUUGGUUGGUUGGUUGGUUGGUUAGUUGGUUGUUUUAAACAAGCAAAUUUACUAUGCAGAAAUUUUAUAUGCAUUUUCUAAAAUAGAAGUUUCAAUGUACGGUACUGUAUAAUGCAUACUGAACCAAUUAAAUAAAUAAUAAUAAAUGACUUUCUAUUUUACAUAAUA